CACCCGGAAGACUGCAACGAUCUGUUCGUUGAGAUGGAAAGAAAGCAGAAAUUCCAAUUUGUAGGCUUUGGAGACGUGAAUGACGAGGUUACUGUCCACAACCUUCCGAUCCAUCAAACCACAUUCUCAGCUUCCAAAAUCACCUUCAAUCAGACUUCCAUCUUCAUCGCCAUCAUCAUUAAACUCCAAUCCCUCGCCGUCGGUGGCCUCAAAGCAACCUAAUUGGUCGGUGUAUCUAAUCUUAUCGACUAAUCCACCGAUCAAAACUUACGUUGGCGUCACCACAAACUUUUCUCGCCGCUUGAAGCAACAUAAUGGUGAAUUAAAAGGUGGUGCAAAAGCAUCACAAGCUGGAAGACCUUGGAUUUGCGCAUGCCUUAUUCGAGGUUUUGAUAGUAAAAGUGAAGCAUGCAAGUUUGAGUUUAGAUGGAAGAACAUAUCACGUAAAAUGGGGCGUAAAAGGAACUCGAAGGAUGAGGGAGGGCUUCAUUUGUUGCAACAUAGAAAUGCAGCACUAGAGAAGGUGAAAGGUUCAACCAAUUGCAAACACUUAGAAUUUGAUUGGAAGCUACAACCUAUCUAAUCUCUGUUUUUUUCUUUACCUUGUAAUUCUUGAUUUCCAACAUUUAAAUUCUUAUGUGUUGUAAUAUAUGUAAAUGUUUAAUUUGUUGCAUUCAUUGUCUUGAAACUAGAAAGGGUCUCUAGCAUAGCGGUAUAAGAAGUUUUUGUGGUACCCCUCAUAAUGUAGAUUACGAGUA